CGCGCCACCGAACGAAUAGCAAAUUUCAAAAAAAUCCCCGGUAUUUACUUGGUUGGGAAGUUGUGAGAACUGUUCGGUUUGAGUAGACAUUUUUGUGAAAAUUAUCAAUAUAAAAAUAAAUCUAGAAAGGUGUGUGCAUUAUUACGUAUCAGGAAAUACGGUCGUGAUCCAAAAAAAAAAUAGCCGGUAUUAUUCAAGUAGUGGAACAGUGACAAAAGGAUGGAUACCGAAGAGUUUCGUCGAUAUGGCAUGCAGAUGAUUGAUUUCAUCUGCGAUUACAGGAAAAAUAUCGCACUCUGGGAUGUUGCCUCAUCAGUGGAUCCAGGAUUCCUACAGCCCAUGCUGCCAGAUGAAGCACCCCAGGAGGGCGAAGACUUCUCCCAGACGCUGGAGGACGUUCACGAGAAGAUUUUGCCGCACAUGGUUCACUGGAACCAUCCGCGGUUCUUCGCCUACUUCCCGUCCGGUAACUCGUACCCAUCAAUCUUGGGUGAUAUGCUAAGCAGUGCCAUCGGGUCAAUUGGAUUCUCAUGGGCUUCAUCUCCGGCGGCUACCGAACUGGAAUCAAUCAUGAUGAAUUGGUACGCAAAGGCACUGGAUUUGCCAUCGUUUUUCUGCAGCGACUCUCCCGGCAGUAGCGGAGGAGGAGUUUUACAAGGAUCCGCAUCGGAAUGCACACUGGUUUGCUUGAUGGCAGCACGUGCACGGGCCAUAGAACAACUGAAAGGAGACAACAAACACGUUCAUGACAGUGUGUACCUGCCCAAGUUGGUCGCAUAUACCUCGAAAGAAGCGCAUUCUUCGGUCGAGAAGGCAGCCAAAAUGUCGAUCGUCAAGCUACGGGUGUUGGACACCGACUGUCGGGGAGUGUUUCGAGGAAACACCCUUCAGAUGGCGAUCGAUCAAGAUAUGAAGAGUGGGUUAACUCCGUUUUUUGUGGUUGCCACCGUCGGUACAACGUCGGCUUGUGUUUUCGAUAAUUUGGUGGAGAUCGGUCAAGUUUGUCGGAAGGUUCCCAGCAUUUGGUUUCACGUGGAUGGAGCCUACGCCGGGAAUUCAUUCAUCCUACCGGAAAUGAGACACUUUGCGAAGGGUUUGGAAUAUGCCGACUCUUUCAAUACGAAUCCAAACAAGCUCCUGCUAACCAAUUUCGACUGCUCGGCUAUGUGGGUUAAGAAUGUGAAACUACUGACAAAGGCACUGGCAGUCGAUCCGCUCUAUCUCCAGCAUGAUCACAGUACGGCAGUUGACUAUCGUCACUACGGAAUUCCGCUGAGUCGUCGCUUCCGAGCGCUGAAACUCUGGUUCGUUUUCCGCACUUACGGAAUCGUUGGACUGCAAAAGUACAUCCGCAAUCACAUUCAGCUGGCAAAACGGUUCGAAUCUCUCGUUGCAUCGGAUGAUCGGUUCGAAGUAUGCAACGACGUCAAUCUGGGUCUGGUUUGCUUCCGACUGAAGAAACGUGAUGUGAUCAACAGAGAUCUGCUGGCUCGAAUCAAUCAAUCCAGACAAAUUCACAUGACACCUGCCAUGGUGAGAGGACAUUACAGUAUACGCUUUUGUGUCACCUACGAACAUGCCACUUCGGAACAGAUAGAUGAAGCCUGGAAGUUGAUUCAGUUCUUCGCCCUGGAAACACUGGUGGCAGCCGAAGCGGCGGCGGUGGUCGUUCCAAUUAUCAGCAAAAAACCUCCCAAGAAGCUCUCCCGCAGCGCAUCUCUUCGGUUCUCCUUUACUCGCAGUGUUUCCCGCGAAAUUUACGAACGUCAAAACAGUCGAUCUCAGCUCAUGGAUGGAGCCACUCCGAUCGCCAUAAUGGACACGGAUUUCAUCCUGGAAGGUCUGCAGCUGGCAUCGAAGCAGGAAGGAACGGACAGCACGGAUGAGGUUAGCAAUUGACUAGGACCGUUGGUGCGGCUAGAGAUUACGGAACCUGACAUACCGGAAACCAUGACAGAUCUUGCAUCCACGGGACGCUAACCGCUUUCCGUAGUGCGUCGCUUCGGGCAGCGGGCGACCGCCAUGGAGAAACAUUGAUUGUGUAGUGCAAAUCCAAAAGCUGCCCUAGUAUUAGGCAAAUGUGAUGUAGUGUAAUUUGCUUUAUUCAUCGUCUGGAUGCUAUUUAUAUUACUAUAUAUUAUUACACAGUAUUUAACAAAAUACGAGUAUUAGAACAGGUGAACAAAUUUCACCUAGCUCUAGAAUUCUGCAUUUUUUUCUAAAUCAAGCCAAAAUUUAUGUGACGUGUAGGCUUUGAGCUAGUACGUAUAUGUAAGAAAGCUGUUCUUUGAUUCACAACGGAAAUAAAAAAAACAAAUUCAUUGUACUUUCUCAUUUAGAAAAGCUUUCCAUUCACUGUGAAAACCGACUUUUGAACCCAGUGUCAUAUACCAUUCGAAUCAGUUCGUCAAGAUCGGAAAAUGUCAAUGUCAAUGCACUCAAUUAUCCGCAAAAUUUUCGAACCGAUUCUAACAAAUUUAUAUCAAAACGAUAGAGUUUU